UGAGCUGGAAGUCGGAGAGCCGAGAGCGCUGCUCGGAACUGCCUGGAAACUUCUGUGGGAGCGACAACUUUACCAGUUUCAGUCCAGGAACUUUUCUUUGCAAGAGAGACGAGGUGCAAGUGGCCCCGGUUUCGUUCUCUGUUUUCCCUCCCUCCUCCUCCGCUCCGACUCGCCUUCCCCGGGUUUAGAGCCGGCAGCUGAGACCCGCCACCCAGCGCCUCUGCUAAGUGCCCGCCGCCGCAGCCCGGUGACGCGCCAACCUCCCCGGGAGCCGUUCGCUCGGCGUCCGCGUCCGGGCAGCUGAGGGAAGAGGAGCCCCAGCCGCCGCGGCUUCUCGCCUUUCCCGGCCACCCGCCCCCUGCCCCGGGCUCGCGUAUGAAUCUCCUGGACCCCUUCAUGAAGAUGACCGACGAGCAGGAGAAGGGCCUGUCUGGCGCCCCCAGCCCCACCAUGUCGGAGGACUCGGCUGGUUCGCCCUGUCCCUCGGGCUCCGGCUCGGACACGGAGAACACCCGGCCCCAGGAGAACACCUUCCCCAAGGGCGAGCCGGAUCUGAAGAAGGAGAGCGAGGAAGAUAAGUUCCCCGUGUGCAUCCGCGAGGCGGUCAGCCAGGUGCUGAAGGGCUACGACUGGACGCUGGUGCCCAUGCCCGUGCGCGUCAACGGCUCCAGCAAGAACAAGCCACACGUCAAGCGACCCAUGAACGCCUUCAUGGUGUGGGCGCAGGCUGCGCGCAGGAAGCUGGCAGACCAGUACCCGCAUCUGCACAACGCGGAGCUCAGCAAGACUCUGGGCAAGCUCUGGAGGCUGCUGAACGAGAGCGAGAAGAGACCCUUCGUGGAGGAGGCGGAGCGGCUGCGCGUGCAGCACAAGAAAGACCACCCCGAUUACAAGUACCAGCCCCGGCGGAGGAAGUCGGUGAAGAACGGACAAGCGGAGGCCGAAGAGGCCACGGAACAGACUCACAUCUCUCCUAAUGCUAUCUUCAAGGCGCUGCAAGCCGACUCCCCACAUUCCUCCUCCGGCAUGAGUGAGGUGCACUCCCCGGGCGAGCACUCUGGGCAAUCUCAGGGUCCGCCGACCCCACCCACCACUCCCAAAACCGACGUGCAAGCUGGCAAAGUUGAUCUGAAGCGAGAGGGGCGCCCUCUGGCAGAGGGGGGCAGACAGCCCCCCAUCGACUUCCGCGACGUGGACAUCGGUGAACUGAGCAGCGACGUCAUCUCCAACAUUGAGACCUUCGACGUCAAUGAGUUUGACCAAUACUUGCCACCCAACGGCCACCCAGGGGUUCCGGCCACCCACGGCCAGGUCACCUACACUGGCAGUUACGGCAUCAGCAGCACCGCACCCACCCCUGCGACCGCGGGCCACGUGUGGAUGUCGAAGCAGCAGGCGCCGCCCCCUCCUCCGCAGCAGCCUCCGCAGGCCCCGCAAGCCCCACAGGCGCCUCCGCAGCAGCAAGCACCCCCGCAGCAGCCGCAGGCACCCCAGCAGCAGCAGGCACACACGCUCACCACGCUGAGCAGCGAGCCAGGCCAGUCCCAGCGAACGCACAUCAAGACGGAGCAGCUGAGCCCCAGCCACUACAGCGAGCAGCAGCAGCACUCCCCGCAACAGAUCUCCUACAGCCCCUUCAACCUUCCUCACUACAGCCCCUCCUACCCGCCCAUCACCCGCUCGCAAUACGACUACGCUGACCAUCAGAACUCCGGCUCCUACUACAGUCACGCAGCCGGCCAGGGCUCAGGGCUCUACUCCACCUUCACUUACAUGAACCCCGCGCAGCGCCCCAUGUACACCCCCAUCGCUGACACCUCCGGGGUCCCUUCCAUCCCGCAGACCCACAGCCCGCAGCACUGGGAACAACCAGUCUACACACAGCUCACCAGACCCUGAGAAGAGAAAAGCUAUGGUGACAGAGCUGAUCUUUUUUUUUUUUUUUUUUAAAGAAGAAAAGAAAGAAACGAAAAGAAAAAGCUGAAGAAAUCAAGAACCAAUUGAAAUUCCUUUGGACACUUUUUUUUUUUUGUCUGUCGUUAAUUUUUAAAGACAUGUAAAGGAAGGUAACGAUUGCUGGGAUUCCAGGAGAGAGACUUUAAGACUUUGUCUGAGCUCAUGACAACAUAUUGCAAAUGGCCGGGCCACUCGUGGCCAGACGGACAGCACUCCUGGCCAGAUGGACCCACCAGUAUCAGCGAGGAGGGGCUUGUCUCCUUCAGAGUUAACAUGGAGGACGAUUGGAGAAUCUCCCUGCCUGUUUGGACUUUGUAAUUAUUUUUUAGCCGUAAUUAAAGAAAAAAAAAGUCCUCUGUGAGGAAUAUUCUCUAUUUUAAAUACUUUUAGUAUGUACUGUGUAUGACUCAUUACCAUUUUGAGGGGAUUUAUACAUAUUUUAGAUAAAAAAAGUUAAAUGCUCUUAUUUUUCCAACAGCUUAACUACUCCUAGUUCAAGAGUGUCCCUUAGCCUUCCUUGCAACCAGAGUAUUUUUGUACAGAUUUGCUUUCUCCUAAACAAACAAACAAAAACAAAAACAAAAAAAACAAAAAAAAAUGAAAAAAAAAAAGAAAAAUGAAAAAAGUGUGUUGUUAUAGUAACAUAAAUAAUACACAGAAUUUUGUUACACUAUCAGUUUGGGGGGUGAGCUUUGAUUAAUUCCCCAGGCUCUUGGAUUUCAAGAGUAGCUGCCUUAAAAGAAAGAAAGAAAAAAGAAAGAAAGGAAGGAAGGAAGGAAGGAAGGGAGAGAGAGAGAGAAAGCCUUCUUUUGCAAUAAGGGGAAUAAACAGAUAACAUAGAGCAUUGGUGAGCUUUAUCAUAUAUAUAUAUAUAUUUUUAAAAAACGAGAAGAAAACACCUUGAGCCUUAAAUCCCGGCUGCUGGGAAAGUAUAUGCUGUUCCUAGAACAUUCACUGUGCCUUUGCCUGCUUGCUGGCUGCAGCCUCAGAAGGAAAGCCAGGGGCAAGCAAAGGAGACCAAAAUUUCUUGGGGAAGAUUUUUCACGCAGCCCUAAGUGCCCAAGCACAUUUUCCCUGGUUGCCUCCUGGGCCCCAUGUGGCCAGCAGAUGCUGGAGUCUGCCUGCUCAGACUAUCACCUGUACCUCCCUGAAUACCAGCGUUUAACCUUCAAGACAUCCCAUGUGCUAAAAUUAUUUAUUUUGUAAGGAGAAGUUUUCAUUUUUUUUUUUUUAAAAAAAAUCUCCUUCCUUUUUUUCUUUCUUGUUUUUCUUUUUCUUCUUCUUCUUCUUCUUUUUUUUUUUAAUUUACUGUCUUUAAGGUAGAUUGUUGGCGCCUUCCUCAAAGGGUAUGGUCAUCUGUUGUUAAAUUAUGUUCUUAACUGUAACCUUUUGUUGUUGUUGUUUUUAAUUUAUCUCUUUAAUCUUUUUUUUAUUAGUAAAAGCAAGUCUCUUUGAAUUCUUCAUUCUAGAUUUGUACAAAUGCUUUUUUUGUCCGUCCUCGUGGGGUUUUUUUUCUCCCCCUUUUCUUUGUUGUUUUCGUUGUUGUUGAUAACAAACUGGAAACCUGUCUCUCUCUGUUUGUGGACAAAUGAGAGGUUUCAGAUGCAGUGAGGAGCACUGAGUCCUUUGCAAUGUUUUCAGCCAUAGACCUUUGGGUCUGCCUGGACUGUAUGUGGAUGUGUGCGUGUGUUGUGACACGGGACAACACAUGCCUCUGCAAGUGUGUGUGCCGUGGAUAGCCCCUUGGCUGCUCUCCUGCAGAGAGACAUCGGACAGACCUUAAUUCUUACUCACUGCUGUGGCUGGAGAGUAUAAGGAAUGCUUUUUCUUUUUUUCUUUCUUUCUUUCUUUUUUUUUUUUAAGACAGCAGUCUUUUUUUUUAAUUUAAAAAAAAAAAGAUAUAUUAACAGUUUUAGAAGUCAGUAGAAUAAAACCUUAAAGCGUUCUUAUAAUAUGGCAUCUUUCGAUUUCUGUAUAAAAACAGACCUUUUAAAAAAUAUUUCUGUAACUUAAGAAACCUGACAUUUAUGUCAUAUUUUCUCUUUAGGUAAGAUUUGGUUUGUUUGUGUCUUGUUUGUUUCCCUCUCCAAAUUCUUCCUUCUUUGUGCACCCUGCCUUUCUUCCCUUCCAUCCUUUCUUUUUUGUAUAUUAUUGUUUACAAUAAAUAUACAUUGCAUUAAAGUGAAAACA